CAAGUGAGAGUUACGACAGACUAGAGGCAACUUCCGACUCGCGUUGAACACGGCGUACAAAUCGACACAGAAACCAAAUACGUGUCGACAGCAUCCACACUCCGGACACAUACAAGGUGUUUCAACACUGGGUCCAGAAUAGGUGUAUUGAGAAACAUUUGUCGCGGAAGUGCCCAGCCAAACCAACGACUUGGUCGUUUUUUAUGAAUACACACACCAAAGAACAACAGCAAGAGGUCAUGUACGGCAUGGCAGAGAUGCCCGAUCUCAUACCACCGACAGGUGCUUUACAACCCAGUCCGGCGAUCCCGUACGAGCUCGGACAGGCAGGGCGAACCCGACCAGACCUCCUGACCGCCCCGCGGAGAGUGCAGCGAGCCCCCAAACUCGGGCAGAUCGGGCGCUCCACGAGAGUGGUUAUAGAUGACGAGGACUUGGAUGAUAUCAUGAACAAUAACAGAAGCUUCCCGGCGUCUCGGAGAGUGUCACCCGUCGCCUGACUGUGCCAAACGACUGAACCGAACUCAAAUCUCUCUCACAAACACGCCCUCACCUUCACUGUACGAGCUUUUACGGCCUCUUCGAGGGCGAACGAGAGAACUGUGGACUUGCUUCCUGUUCACUUUACGCUUGCUCGUCACUUAACUGAUGAUCCUGAAGGUCUUGAUGAUCUCUAAUGCAACAGGGCUGUAUUUAUUAAAUUUGCACUUUACAUACAUGAAAGCUAACCUCAUCCGGUUGGAUUACUCAUCUCCCAAAGAGGACAUUUUUCCAGUGAAACUCUGUUCACGUGAGAUAUAUUUAUCUCUAAAUGACAUCAGUUAAAUGUUUAGUCACUGUGCCUGCUCUUUUUUUGUUUGUUUGUUUGAAUUGAAUCAAUCUUAAAUGCGUACUGACCGCGACAAACAAUCUCACGUUAGUCAAAAUGUCUUCGACUUCUAGAUGUUUGCAUGGGAAUUAAUGGAUUUUUGUAAAUUGUUUCGGGGGAAUAAAGUAUGCAUGAGUGAC